CGGACUGACUGUGUGAGGUGAUUAAUAUAAGAGAAGCGGCUGAUGCGGCAGAGAGAGGCCCAGAAUGACAGAGAUAUCAUAGCUGAAUGAGAGUCCAUUGAUUGUGUGACUAUAAUCACUGACACAAAGAGAGGGAAGAUGAUGCGCUAUUGGGGCGAGAUCCCAGUCUCCUCUGGGCAGGCCAAUAGAAGCUCCUUUGAUCUCCUGCAACGCGAGUUCCGAACGGUGGAAAUGCAGGAGCCUCCCCUACACCAGCCAUCGGCCAAUAAGCCCCGGCCUACCACUAUGCUGGACAUUCCCUCUGAACCCUGCAGCCUGACUAUCCACACCAUUCAGCUCAUCCAGCAUAACCGCAGACUGCGGGGCCUCAUCGCCGGCGCUCAGGCUCAGAACCAGCAGCAGGUGGAGGGUAUGAAGGUGGAGGAGAGCGAGCCUUUACCCCUCAGGCCUACCUCUCCUGCCCUCCCAGAGGAUCUGCUGCCCCAGGACUGUAAGGUCCCCAAGCUGCCAUUCCAGAUUCGGCACAGCGACCCUGAGAGUGAAUUCUACAGAGGGAAAGGGGAACCUGUCACAGAGCUCGGUUACCAUUCCUGCCGGCAGCUCAUGUACCAGUCCGUAGCCACCAUACUGGCCCACGCCGGCUUCGAGUCCGCGAAUGAAAGUGUUCUGGAAACCCUGACCGACAUUGCCCACGAGUACUGCCUGAAAUUUACCAAGAUGCUGCGAUUCAACGUGGACCGAGAAGCGAGACUGGGGCAGACGCCGUUCCAAGAUGCCGUGGAGCAAGUCUUCCAUGAAAUGGGCAUCGGGAGUGUCCUGUCUCUACAGAAGUUUUGGCAGCAGCGUAUUAAGGAUUAUCACACAUACAUGUUGCAGGUCAGCAAGCAGCUCUCGGAGGAGUAUGAGAACAUCGUGCACCCCGAAAGGGCCUCUGAAGACACCAAACCGGUGAAGAUCAAAGAGGAGCCCCUCACCGACAUAACCUUCCCCAUCAACGAGGAGCUGGAGGGGGACCUAGCGCCCGGGGACCAGUCAUUGCCUGUCGGAGUCCUAGGCGCUCAGAGCGAGAGGUUCUCUGCUAACAUCGAAGUCGAUUCGUCGCCUCAGCCCUCUGGAUCUGAUGUUAACACCUCACCGCUAUGGAGUCUGGCGCAGGUUAAAAUGGAGCCCCAGGAGAACGAGGAGGGGACUGUACACGGACACAGCGUUCUGGGCAAUGACGUGUUUGAGGAAGCCAUGUCGGGUAUGAGUGACUCCGCCAUGCCGGGGAGCCCCAAUGGGUCGGAGGGCAGCUACGCCUCCCACUCCCCUGACAGCCUCAUGGGCUCCUCCCCCGUCUUUAACCAACGACCCAAGAAAAAGAUGAGGAAAAUGUAAAGCGAGUCCUUCUGGCUCUGGGCAAAGACUCACUGCUGCCCCUCCUGUUUGGGAGGCCAAAUUACCCCCCGGGAACUGGUGCAGCUGAAAAAUAUUUGUAGAUAAAAAAAAAAAAAUCCUGAUGAAAAUAAAUUGGUUU